GCAAAUAGUGGGUCCAUGUAUGCCUGUAUUGCUGUUUUCCCAUUUCAUGCCGCUCUUCAUUAAUGGAUCCUAUUCGUUGGCUUACUGAUUUAGGGCAUUGCUUAACCUACAUUCCAUGCAUCUUGUGCGAGUGCGCAAUCUAGCCUUGGUUGGGUUAGCUCAGCUGCAUCGCGAAAGAGUGUGGAAGCCGACGUGGGUUGAAGCAAGGAUGGAGUGUGGGUUAUGCGAUGGGCGGCGCUUGUCCAGAGCGACUGCUGCUAUACAGAGCCUCGUCCACCCGCGUCUCGAAAGUCCUACUACGCCCAAGUUGCAAAGCAAGAUAGUGGAUGAUAAUCAAAUGUUCAGAGUGAUGCUCCACUAUGUCGUUGUAAGUGCGGUAAUAUCCAACAUUUAUUCUACCUGCCAGGCAAGCUCGUCACCACCCAGUGAGUCUCAGGUAUCUCCCCCGAGAGACAAUCAGUGGGCGAACGACAAUGCGAAAGUGAAACAAAUGAUUCUUUGUUUCACGUUAAAUACAUUAGAAAACAAAACUUCCAUUGUGAAGUCCAUUCGUAACAACGCAGCGACCGAUAAAGCAAUCUUGGAUGGUUCCGUGUCCUCUAUGAAUUUACCCGGCAAGGAUCGUCUCGUCCUAGGAUCUUAGCAUAAUCCAUAAUUCGAAUGAAGGAGCUUAGCAUCCAGCAGUCGCUAUAGCCCAGUGCCUUCUUGUAACUUCCGUAAUCAAGCCGCUGUCGGUUGAGCUUGAUCGAAAGAUGGCGGUUAACC